UGUGAAAUUUCAUUUUUAUAUCGUACAGUCCCUUUAUAUGCAUAUCAAAAGUUGCCCACUUCUUCAAGUUUGAAAGCCAUUAUCAAUUACACAAAGCUUAAAAAGAUAUCGUAUUUGGUAUUAAUUUAAAAUAAUUAGUGUUCGAAUAGUUUCAAUUGAAGUGUGUAGUUAAGAGGUUGAAUAACACGCGAGUAUGGAUUCUAAUGAUAUAGUGCCCGAUGUUAUUGAUGAAGCACCAAAGGAAAUUGCAGAAAUUACUUAUGCUGAUGAUGUAAAAGUCGAACUUGGUGGUGAAUUAACUCCUACGCAAGUAAAAGAUCAACCAGAAGUUAAUUGGAAUGCUGAGAGUGAUGCAUUAUAUACAUUACUAAUGAUUGAUCCAGAUGCGCCAAGUCGUAAAAAUCCUAUAUUUCGUGAAAUAAAUCAUUGGUUUGUAGUGAAUAUACCUGGUAAUAAAGUUGCUGACGGACAGGUUGUAGUUGAGUAUAGAGGAUCUGGACCGCCAAAAGAUACCGGAUUGCAUCGUUAUAUAUUUCUGGUUUUUAAGCAAUCGGAAAAAAUCGUUACCGAGCUAUUUAUUCCAAAAACUACUCGUGAAGGACGUCUUAAUAUAAAAACAAGAGACUAUAUUGACGAAUUUAAUUUGGGUAAUCCGAUUGCUGGAAACUAUUAUCAGGCUCAGUACGAUGAUUAUGUUCCUAUUUUACAUAGGCAAAUACAAAAAUAAUAAAAAUGUAUUACAUAUUGUGCUUAAGUGAUAUGAAAAAUUUUUCUAAAUGAUUUAUCAAGAUUCUAAAUAAAAGCAUAUGUUAAUACUUUCAAUUAUAAAA